AUGGACGCAUCAAACGAAGCAUUGACAAUGGCCCUGGAUCCGUGGUACUACGACAAUGAGCUUGACUUCGCCCUCACUCUCUGCGACUUCAACGCUCCCUGUGCAGAUCCCGAGAUCACGCUCCCAGUAGGAUAUGAUUCCUUGCCCCAGCGCAUGAACAACACGAUAGGGCCAUGGCAGCUAGAGAGACAGUACGGUUUGAUCUGUGGUCCGUUUGACGACAGCUGGCAGUCGUCACAAGCGUCCGAUCUGUCGACAUUCUCUUCACCCACGGCAGAGGCGAGCAGCUCCACACUGUUCACACCAGCAAUACACCAUGAUCUCUUGAGACAGGACCCCGCUAAUUUGAGACAACGGCGACCGCGAAGAUCAGCACGAACCUCGACACCGACGACGCCUCACGAAUAUCUAGCAGGAGCCAGCACUAACUAUGCCCAAGAGACUGAUUUGAGCCCUCAGCCGGGUGUGCCUCACACGGUAAUCGAGAGGCGAUAUCGCGUCAAGCUGGGAAACCACUUCCAGGCACUGCAGAGCAGCAUACCAACUCUACGCGAUCCGCAGGUCCCAGCGCCAAUAGCGGACGAGCUGCUAUCAAAAGACACACUUACCAAAGGGUUACUCUCCACACACAAACGCAACAAGGCCACUGUCUGCCUGAAAGCAGUCGAGUACAUUCAACAUUUAGAGACGAAGGUUCGGGCGUACGAGAAACUGCACAGACACGAUGCUCAAGACGCAUAA